AUCCGUUCUGUGUACAACUUUCUUUCCCUCCAAACAAACAAAAGAAAAUAAAGCCCCAGAAUUUUCUCCUGCAAUGCUGAAACCAAACUGAGCAGAAUUUCUCACAUCAUCAUCAAUUGAGCUAGAGGAGUCAGUUUAAUGGCUCACAAAUUGGCCUUCGCUAUGUCAUCUAUUCGUUUAUUUAGUGCUCCUAUUCAAAAACCCUUGUUUUGUGUCUCUUCUUCGUCUUCUUCUUCAUCAUCUAGGGUUCAAGCGAGGCAUUUGAAUGGAAGACAAUUUUGUCUUCGUCGAAGAAUGUUUGUACUUCCCAUCAAGGCUACUGCUGAUCAACAAGGGAAGGUUGAAGAAGAUGAGAAUGUUGACAGCAAAAUCCUACCAUAUUGUAGCAUAGACAAGAAAGAUAAGAAAUCACUGGGUGAAAUGGAGCAAGAAUUUCUUCAAGCACUACAAGCAUUCUAUUAUGAGGGAAAAGCUAUAAUGUCAAAUGAAGAAUUUGAUAAUCUUAAGGAAGAACUAAUGUGGGAAGGAAGCAGUGUUGUUAUGCUAAGUUCUGAUGAACAGAAGUUUUUGGAGGCUUCAAUGGCUUAUGUAGCAGGGAACCCAAUCAUGUCAGAUGGAGACUAUGAUAAGUUGAAGAUGAGGCUAAAGACGGGAGGGAGUGAAAUUGUCGCUGAGGGUCCACGGUGCAGUCUUCGUAGUAGAAAGGUGUACAGCGACCUGUAUGUUGACUAUUUUAAGAUGUUACUGUUGAAUGUUCCAGCAACUGUUGUUGCUCUUGGACUGUUUUUCUUCCUGGAUGAUCUAACUGGAUUUGAGAUCACAUAUCUUUUGGAGCUCCCAGAGCCUUUCAGUUUCAUUUUCACGUGGUUUGCUGCUGUGCCUGCCAUAUUUUGGUUAGCUCAAUUGCUUACGAAAUUAAUCGUGAAAGAGUUUUUAAUCUUGAAGGGCCCUUGUCCAAACUGUGGUACUGAAAAUGUCUCCUUCUUCGGGACCAUACUAUCAGUCUCCAAUGGAGGCUCCACCAAUAACCUUAAAUGCUCAAAUUGUGGAACUGAGUUGGUGUAUGAUUCAUCAACGAGGUUGAUUACAUUGCCAGAGGGAAGUGAAGCUUGAUUGGAGGAUGCAUUCAUUUUAAGGGGUCUGCGCUCCAAUUGUUGCUAAAUCUUAGCAGUCAGUGGUGAAGGAUGUUUAUGUAACGCGGAAUCAUCGGUUGUGAAUUGGAGUGACAUUUUUGAGAUGUACACUGUUUUGCCUCAUUGUUCUGUCAAUAUUGUAAGUAUGUAAAUGCCUGUAACAGGCCUGUCCACAAGAAAGCAAAUAGUAGUGCACAAAACUGCUGCGAAAAUUGUCAAAACAACCAACCUUAUGAUAUAGAAUUUCGCCUAAUUUUCGUGUGUUGUACUAUGGUCUCGAGUGAAUCAAAUAGCCUUUCUUUUUAUCA